AUGGAAUACAAACCUAAAAAGCAAUUUUUGAAGUUAAGAUUUGACACAUUACAGUAUGUGUAUAAAAGUAUCAAUUUUAAAGAUGAAAGCGAAAUGGAAAAUGCCAUUAAAUUAGUUAGAGAGUGGUUGGAAGAGCAGCCACAUUUCAGAAGAAAAGACUUUACUUACAAUUUAUUGCGAGCCAACAUUAUUAUAUCGAAGGGAUCGAUAGAAGUUACUAAGCAGAGACUUGACAAGAUGUGUACUUUACGGACUCUUAUGCCUGAUCACUUUAAGUGUUUUGAUGCGAAGAAGGAUUUUGAAAAUGUAUUUAAAGCUAUAAGACCGAUCGUCCUUCCUCAGCUUUCGAAGGACCACUACCGAGUUUUUACAGUAAAAGUCUACGAUAGUUUGCAGGCGGCAGAGAUAACGCAAGCCAUGAAAUAUACUAUGCUGAUUGGUGAAUACAUGAAGCAAUGUGACUGUUGGAAUUGA